CAGCCGUAGUCAUACUGCAUUCCAAUAUGGGUGUUUGGUACAGAGGGUGUAACCCGAAAAUGGUGGUCUUCGCCCUAUUGGGUUUUAUUUUCCCAUUGGUUUGUGGACAGGAUCUUGAUAUGCUGGAGGCUUUACCGACCGGAAUUCUAGCCACCUUAGCUACGGGCGAUCCUCUACUGUCAGCAGGAAUGAAAGAUGGGGAUGCAGCAGGCUCUGCUCUGAAAGCAAUAGAAAAUCUUGCAGACCCUUUAUUGAAACCAUUUGUUGAAGGACUAGAUCCAUCCAAGAAAAUGUCUGAUCCCUUUUCUGAACCUUUCAAACUACAUCUUCCUAUUGUGAAACCAGUAAUCUUGCCUUUAAAACCACAUGUCCGUUUUGGGAAACCAGUCAAAGUGUUAAAAGCAGCAGUGCCUUUGAAAAAGGUUGCUCUCAAGAAGGCGGUUGGUGCGAAAAUGCUGAUGCCAAAAGUAAAAGUUAAAGCAGCUCUUAAAGCAAAACCUAAAGUCUAUUCAUUAAAGCCAAUUAUUCACGUGAUAGAAAAGCCAGUUCCUGUAUUUCAUAAAGUUCCAAUUCCAAAGAAAGUUAUGAUCCCAAAAUACUAUCCAGUGAAAAAAGCUAUACUAGUUCCCAAAAUCGUACCAGUGCCUUUCAAAGUUCCAAUUAAAAAGAUCAUUCCCAAGAUUGUGAAGAUUCCCAAGCCCUUUCCCGUGCCAAAGUUCGUUCCAGUAAAGAAGUAUAUCCCUGUCGGUAUUCCUUAUCCAGUACCCAAGUUUUACAAAGUGCCUAUACCAAAGCCUGUACCUUAUGCUAAAUACAUUCCAAUUCCUAUUCCCAAAAAGGUUCCGAAGUUCAUCCCAUUUCCAGUUAAGAAAAUAAUCAAAGUUCCUAAACCAUACUAUGUACCUAUUAAGGUACCUCACAUCACAACAAGUUACAUGAAAACUCCCAUGGUUGUGAAAGUUCCUGAUAUUAAGAAGACUCCUUGGCAUUCGAAGCCGUUUAAAGGAAACAAAUUGGAUUUCAUCGAGCCUGAAAGCCCCGAUAUCUUCAAAAUGAAGGAUGCUGAAACCGACCAAUUUGGCAACAAUUUGAAAUAAAGCUUAUUCAAUAUUUAUCUGCAAAUGCUCUUGAAUAUCAAGGGUUGAAUAAAAUGGGCUUUUAAUUUA